UCUGAAAGUUGGACGUCCCGCACGAAAACCGUGAUACACUACCGAAGGGCAGCAGUCUCGAUGUGAAAAUAAUACAUAUUUAUUUUGCCAAGAGUGCUACAACUUGAGUACAAGUACAAUCACCGUGCACGAAAAAACACCCUGUUUAGAAAAACCACCGGCGUACCACUGAUUCGACUGUUUCCUAGUACAGCAGUCUGUCAUUGCCAUGGAUUCAGAGUUUCUGCCAGAUGGUCGUCUCCUAGACAUUGUCGACGAAGCUUGGCGGAAGGAGAAACUUCCACAUGAUGACAUUGCUGUCCCCCAGGCUGAGCUUCCGGAUGUCUUUGCCGAUGACGGCAUGUCAGCAGAGACCAUCAAGGAGCAGGAACAGAAGUGGACUGACAUGGCCUUGCAGAAUCUCCAAGAUUCACAGGGUGGCUCCCAGUCGUCAUGACUCUCACUUGUGCCUCCAGGUACCAGCAAUACUUACGCUGACUUCGGUGGACAUGGAAAUGGAUGGACCACACGAGUAUCACUGAGACUCUGUGAAGACGAGAUGCUUGGAUGCCUGUCAUCAGUGCCGUCCUUCAUGCAUUGCCUUGUGGAACGGGGGAUGGGGCUAAGUCAAGGUGACUUGCAGCCAAGCCAGGCUAGGAUUGGCUGCGUAAAGUAGGCAGGAUUGACAUUUGAAUGGCUGUGUGCCCAAGCUCAGCUUUGUUGUGGCUGGUCGAUGUUCAUCUAGAGGCACUUUGAUCUAUGAUGAUCAUCAUCUGUUAUUGAUUAUUUAUAAAAGAAACUUACACCAUCGAGAGCUCAUCAUAUCCACGGAUUUAUGUAUAAAACCUGUACAUGUAAAACACAACCGCAACAUCAGCAACCGUCCAGGAAAACUGGUAGAAGCACUUGGAGAGUGCAAAAUUUGACCAAUUGUGACAAUCUGAUCGAUCUUCUACCAGCCUAGUGUCUCCUGUACUGUCAAGGAAGUGAGUGUGUAUAGAGCAGGUGCAUACUUAACAUAUGUGCACCUUGGCUGUUACAUAAUUCAUUAUUCAAAAAUUAGCCAAUGUACAUGUAGCUACGCGAAAUGUAUAUUUGAAGCUGCAUUGAAAGGUCCAUGCAAUGUAAUUUUUUUUUCAAAUGAAGUCCUUUAAAAUGCUUUUUUGAGUUCCAUUGAACCCAACUUCCAAUUUUUAUACUGCCAUUUGAAUACAUUCAGCAAAAUAUGGGACGGAGGGGUACCCCCCUACAUGUCCAAUCCCUAUACACACUCUAUAUUACUGUUACCUAACAUCCCCCCCACGUCUAAAAAGAAUUCCUGAGAUUCCGAUCAAUGACCAAAGGGUACUCCAUCCCAUACCUUAAUUCAAAUGACUUGUACAGUCAAUUUUCUCAAUAUCGGUGUAAAAAUGGCGGGGGGGGGGUGAAUUACAGGCCCUUCUGCCCUUCUGGGCUCUUAUAAGCACCUCCUCACCCUUUUUUGUUUUGAACCUUGGAUUGAGCACACAGACAAACCCCUUUUUUUUACUUUGAGAGCCCCAACUAAAAAGAAAAUGUCUCCACCACUGGGUUUUCCCAUGAAUUUCACCUAAGGUGCGCCAUCGUCAAGAAGCUAAGUUGUACAUUAUUUUGUUUGGUUCUUGGGAAAAAAAGUGCAGUCGUCUCACCCGCUCAGUUGCGGAGCUUGUCAUGGUUUGCUGAUUCAAAUAUAAAGUAAUCUGCCACCUGUUCCUGGAAUAUUUUUUUUUACGUUUGUGGGGAAGAAGUAAAAUUAGGUGUUUACUGUCCUCCCACCAUUUAAGUGCAACUGCUUUUCCAGAAUAAAAAAAAUGAUUGC